AGCAGCCGGGACGCCGCCAGCGGCCGGUGUGCGGGGCUGCGGUGCUGCCGCCAUGCUGGGCGCCGCGGGUUCCGCUGUCAGCCCGCAGCGACGGGCCCGGCCCGAGCGCGCGGCCGGCGGCCCGGCCCCGCGGGAGCAGCGCGCGGCGGCCGUUGGCACCGCUCGCGCUCGCUCCUCAGCGGCGGCAGCGGAGGAGCGGCGGCGGAGGGUGGCCCCGCUGGCGGCCGCCCCGCCGGCCGAGGCGGGGGAGGAGCCGCUCCUCAGGGGCAUCUUCGAGAUCAGCAAGAGGAGCUGCGACGUGGUGCUGAGCGCCCGGCGGCUCCGCUGGAGCCCCAUCUUGCCCGAGAGCCCUGCAGGUGAUUCCACUAUGGUUUUACAAGCUCAAGAGGAUAUUAUUGAAAUGAAAGAUGUAUUUUCAGUAAAACUGAAACGUCGUCGAUUUGUAGGGCAGAAAAACGGUGGCACUGUGUUGGGCAUCACAAUUUUUAAAUGCCUGAAUAAAGAAGAGAAUAAACUAACGGACUGCGCUAUCCAUUUAAAUAACCUAAGUGAAGAUCAUUGUCAUACAUGGUUUAAACACCUAAAGGAAAUUUUGGAUGGAUUUCAAAAUAGACCCAAAUCCUUAAAAGUGUUUGUCAAUCCAAGCAGCCACAAAAGAGAAGCCACUCAUGUUUAUUAUGAAAAAGUUGCACCUCUUUUCAAGCUUGCUGACAUCAAAACUGAUGUCACAGUAACCGAAUAUGAAGGUCAUGCUCUCUCAGUACUUAAAGAAUGUGAACUCCAGGCAUUUGAUGGGGUAGUUUGUGUCGGUGGAGACGGAUCUGUCAGUGAAGUUGCUCAUGGUCUACUACUGAAAGCCCAGAUAGAUGCUGGAAAAGACACAGACUAUAUACCAACACCUGUCAGAGCACCGGUUCCUCUUGGAGUAAUACCAGCAGGUACUACUAAUAUUUUGGCCCACACUCUCUAUGGUACUAAGCACGCAGUGACUGCAGCACUGCACAUUAUAAUGGGACAUACUCAAGCAGUGGAUGUCUGUACUUUCAGUACUCCAAGCAAGCUUUUGCGGUUUGGGUUCUCUGCUAUGUUUGGUUUUGGUGCAAGGACUCUGGCUUUGGCUGAAAAACACCGUUGGAUGCCCUCCGGUCAGCGGAAGGAUUUUGCUUUUAUCAAAACACUGGCAGAACUCAAGCCAGAGGAAUGUGAAUUAUUAUUUCGACCUCUACAGUUUCCACAGGAGGACUCUCAUGAGAGUGACAGAAAGAAGAAAGAGAAAACUAGACAUAAGGGUAGCAAGGAUCAAUGGCAAAAAAUUCAGGGUCACUUCCUGAAUGUGAGCAUUAUGGCAAUCCCUUGUCUGUGUUCAACAGCACCAAGAGGCUUGGCACCUAAUACGAGGUUGAAUAAUGGAAGCAUGGCUCUUAUUGUCGUAAAAAAUACUUCUCGAACAGAGUUUAUGAAACACCUGAAAAGAUAUGCCAGUGUAAAAAAUCAGUUCAACUUUCCCUUUGUUGAGACCUACACAGUUCAAGAAGUAAAAGUACAACCAAGACUUAAAAGUGGGCUUGAUGCCAAAGAAAAUACAUAUUUGAAUGCUGCUUCUGCAGAAGGAAAUUACCCUUGGAAUAUAGAUGGAGACUUAAUGGAAGAAGCAUCAGAAGUUCAUGUUCGGUUGCAUCCUCAACUUGUUAAUCUCUAUGGAGUGAACACUGAUGACCUGGAGAGUUCCCAAGCAACAUGCAAGUGCAUAUAGGAGGGACACACCACAAGUUGUGUUUUACAGAGUCCCAGCUCACUGAAUUCAGUUGUUGUAGAAGCUUAACUGGGAUAUUUGUAAUAUUUCUGGUUUGAAGUUUUAAUCAAGUUAUAUAUUUUUAUCAGUUCCUACUUAACUGUAAAGAAACUAUAAGGCUUAAUAAGAAAAAAUGAAAAAUGAUUUAUAUUGAUCUCAUAAAUGUGAGGUUUGAGAAGUGUCUGUCAGGAUAGAAGAAAAUAUUUUUUUUUACUUAAAAAUUAUUCAGCUUUUGCAGAAAAUACAGUAUUAGAUACAUUGAAGUCUGCUCUUGCUCUCCAUGUUGUCAGAUAACUCAGCUCAAUUAGAGUUGGUGAGUGGAGGUGCCAUAUCAUCUCAUGCUGAAGAAUGGUGGCAAAAUACAGGUUGUUUAUAUUUUUUUAACCAAGUACUUCUAUUUUAGGUAUUAUUUUUAAUGUUGCUUUCAUGUAUUAGCUUUCAAAUAAUUUCUCGUCAAGACUAAUACAAAAGAAUAUGCUGAUGUCUUAUAUAGCUUUUCUUUGUUGAAAUGUAUUUUAAAGACUACUCUACACAAAAUAAAUGUUUUAAACUAUUUUAUCUAUCCUAGAACUGAAAUGAUAUUCAGCAUAGUUUUUGUUGUUGCUGAGAAAGAAGUUAUGAUAAAUACCUUAAGACUUAUAUUUUUAUAACUGCCUUUUAGGGCAUAAUUUUUAUGAGCAUUUGAUUUUUGUUUGUUUGCAACUUAUUAAAUAUUUAAUACAAUUACUUGAGACGACAGCAAAUUAAGACUACAUUCUUUCUGCAAACUGGCUUUCUUUGAGAUGAUGAAAAGUAGCAGCCCAACAAGUUUGUCUUCCUGCAGGACCAUGGGGAUAAUCAAUGUUUUCAUGUUCACUUGUCUAUGAACCAUUCAUAGAGUGGCUGACAACGCUAUGAAAGCUGCAUUAUCUCCUGGCUCGAAUGAGCUGCUUCAAGUUCCUUCUUCAGUAAGUAGCCAAGUAUAAUGGGAAAUCUGGUAAUUUAAAAUUUUGUUAAAGCAAGGUCCUAGGUCUUCACAUGGGAUCUAGACCUGUAUUUUAUUUUAAAUACUACUUGCGGAAAAUUCUUACCUGCAAUAAAUACACAAGAGAAAAAAAGAACUGCACCUAAAGUACAGGAGAAGAUUGUCUCCUAGGAACAAGCUGUUACUUGUUGGAAAUCUCACGCAGUUUCUGCGGGCAACCUGCUCAGCAGUAAAGGCCCAGUUCCCAGACAAACAAUUGUUGUAGGGCUCUUCCAGCUGGUUCUGCUCUUUGCCCUGGGGCUGGGGGCUCAGAGCAGGAGCAGUCACAGCACCCUUUGGGCUGGCCUGGCCCAACCUCCUGCUCAGAGAACAGCCAUCACACCAGCUCUGGUCGCCCAGGGCUUCACCCAGUCUGGCCUUGAACCCUCCUAGGACAGAGACGACACCACCUCUCUGCGGCCCUGUUCCCAUGCCUGGCUGUCCUUAUGAUGUUCAGAACCUACCCCUGGUCUGAGUCACAGUGAGUAAUCUGCAGUUAAACUGCUAUUUAUUGAUACUAUAUCACAUCCAAUAUUUUUAACACGCUAAGACAAGUAAAACUAAACUUCCUAAAGUUGUCUAAGAAGGAGAUUCCAGCUACAUGCAGCAGAUUUAACUGUUUUUAUUACAUGACUGAGAAUUAACAAAAUGAGCUUGCAGAGGAAACAGCAUUCAUGUGCUUAACUUUUUGGGGAUAUUUUUAAUACAAUGAAAUUUAGUGAUACUUUAUAACCUUGCCAUCAUCCAGACAUUGUACAUUUUUUUUUGCUCAACCUGGUUUAUAAAAGCUAAGUGAAUUUUGCUUCAUGUCCUAAAAACAGGUAGCCAACAUUAACAUGUUAAUAAUAAAAUCUGAAUAGGAAGCAUACAAUUUCCAAGGCAACAUUAACACAUUUACUGACUUACAUAAACUAUUUCAAAGAUAAAUAAAAUGUUUUCAUUUCACUUCUUUGCAUUGCUUGUACUAAAAAGAAUGUUAAUGCUUCUUCCAGUAUUUGAGGUAUAUUUUUCACAAUAUGCUGUUAUAUCAAGCUAAUUUCUGUUCAAAGAUAUUUUUCUUAAAGUGCAAAAAUUCACUAAAGACAUUUGGAAGACAAGCAUUUCGUAUAUAUUUUCAUAGACUUGCAAGAAAAUAUUUCAUUCUUCACAUACUUUAUUUUGAAUUUUUAAAAAAUAUACACACAUUCAUUUGUCCUUACACUGCAGAAGAUUUUUAGAGAAAAAAUUUACUUCAGAGGGAUCCACAUCUUUGGCAUCAAAUGAAGUGAAAGAAAUUACAAAAUGGUCCCCAAUACCUUUACAAUCUGUGGCCAAUGUGGCUUUUAUGGCAGUAAACACUCUUGUUAACAAAAGUGCUUGUUGAAGGCACUUCCGUAUUGCUUCUGAGUCUCAGGCUAAUUCCCAUAUGAUGGCGCAGGUUCAAGGCAUAUGUACGUAUUACAUUCACCUCUCCUUGCAGCUCAGAAAGACAUCGAAGCCUGACAAGAAAGGCUGUUUUGCCCACUGCUGCUGCAGUAAAUGCAGUUAUUGAACAAGUUGUACAUUCUUCAGUUGUACUGGGGAGCAAAGCAAUUUUUUUUUCCCCUGGAUUGUACUAUUUCACCAAAGCUAGGUGGCAGUGCAAACUUAUCUAGCUGAAGAAACUCCCUGUAGUAGCAGAGCAGUGGUUUGAACCAUGUUUCUAUUCAGUCACUUGCCUUUCUGCUGAGUGGCUUUUGAGGGUACCUGUUUGGAUGGUAUUUAGCUGAAAACUUCACAAGAACCCAAGCUAGUUCUCCAAAUGACUUCCUUACUAAGUACUUUCAGGUAAAGGGUGGCACACUGAAAGAUAAAAUUUGGCCCAGUAAGGUUGGCAGUUGGAGACUUUUGGGUAUGUGUUCCUCUGGUUUGUCAUCAUGUGAAGGUUUGUUGUUUGUUUUUUUUUUUUCGGGUCCCGGAAGAGUGACAGUACUAAAUACUGUUAUGCUAAGUACUAUAGAAAAAUCUUCAAAUAAAUAGAAAUAAAUACUUGCUGUAAAAAAACCCCACAUAGAAAUAUUUCAUUGGAGAAGCCCAAAAUAUCAUGGCACCAAUAUCUGAGGAAGGGAUGAAACAACUAAUUCUAUCAUGCUUGAAAGUACCAUGUUAAAGAUGGCUACAAAUGAUCGUCUCCAAUGCAUUCCUCUUCCUACAGCUGUGAAAGGAUCCUGUGCUGCAUCUCCGGGCUACCCCACAGAAUUCCCUGCUCUAAAUCCACCUCCAUUCCUCCUGGUUCUGGCUCGCCUGGGUAUCUCAGUCUCUGCAGUGCUGGGGCUGUGCCCGUGAAGCCAAGGCUUAUAAGGUUGCCUCCAGAAGCCCAAGAGAGCUUCUGAUAGCUGUUCUCUGCAUCCGUGUGCUCCACUUAUGGUUCUUUUAAUGGUUUAGGCUAAUUUACCCUUGUAAAACUGCCAAAGCAAGAUGAGGCAGGAUUUCUCCUUGAAUGGCUAAUCAAAAGAUAACUGAAACUCGAAAAUGAGUAGAAUAACUCACUCAUGCUAAUGUAUUUGAGAUCUUAUUUUUCAGGAUUGGCCAAAUGUUGUUACUUUCUAGAAAUUCUUCUCUCUGGCUGACUGAACCCUUAACUCUCCAAACCUGGAGUAAGUAGUGCUAAUGCAUGAUGACUACCCUGAGGUCAUACAGUCUGCCUUCCGGGAGAAUACGCAAAAGGAACUAGGAGAGAUUAAUGUCUAACUCCUGCUCUUAAUCCAUUGGAGACAAAUCUGAUACCUAUAGAUCCUCUUAUAAGGAGCUCCUAGUUCCUUUUGCUUACUGUAAGAUAAUUCCUUUUAAAGUGUUUCUUAAUGUAAGAAGUGGCAAGUCAGAACUGCUCUGCCACUUUCAAUCCUGCUUGUGCUAAGUAUUUUUUCUCUUACCAUUAAGUGGAAGAUUGUCCAGACCAAAAAAAGUGUUUAAAGAGGGAUUAACAGCCACUUCCCAUCACUAAUGCACAAAAGUUGCUCACUAUGCCCUUGUACUCUUAAAAAGCUCUUAUUGACUGUGCAGGCAGUCAUUAGAUACACUGAAAAUCUUAGCAAUUAACCUUCAAAACAAGGUGGAUAAUGGGGUUUACAAAGAAAAACUCUUACAUGGAAAGUGAAGUUGAUAUUCUCCUUCAUGCAUGUAACUGGUGAAUCUUUCUCACUUGUUCCAUAAAUAAAUGAAGCUGGUGAUACAAAUCUACAAUGGUUUAGAAAUUGUUAGUUAAUAGAAUUGCUAUAUAUCAUUAGCAUAACUUUCUGCUCCAUGCUAAGAAAAUACCACGGUUUGUAUUUAAGUAAAUAGAGGAACACUGAGUAGAAGUCCUCUACUUGUGCUCUUUUCUCUUAAAAUGCAGACAAAUCAGAAAAAGUCAUAAAUCAUCACCUAUGCUCCAUGAAUGGCUCAUGACAAACCCAGAAUAUGGUUCACAUUAACCAAGGACUCUAAGGAUCUGCUGUGCUCUCAUUUAAUACCUUUAUCUACAAAAAAUAUUCCAGUUGUUAAAAAAUAUUAGUCUGUUAAGAGACAAGUUAGAGGCAGCACUAAUAUCAUUGCUCUCAUCUCCCAGUAGUGGAAACAAAAUCUUAGCAGUGUGUGCGUCAGACCCCAGGACAGCUGUGCCAUCUCAUUCACAAGUUUUUUCAGCUACAUCAACCUUCUCCUUCAAAGCUCUGGGAAUUUAGACUAGUAACAAGACAAUAGUUCUACGAAUGUGCAAUAGAGCAACAUGCUGACUUACCCAUGAGCAUUUAACUCAAUCUCGUAUUUUAGAGGUACAGUUAAAGUUAGCGUGUUAUCCAGCAACAUGUUCCCAUCUUCAUUUUUACUAUAAAAACAUAAUGAGAGAAAUGAGUAUGAAAUGCAUUAUUUCUAUAAACAAAUAUUAAACACAUAUUUUGGCUUAUUAAAACAAAAAUAUUUUAUUGGUAACAACAUGUUAAAAAAAUUAAACAGGCAGGAACCUGCUCAUUAUUUUAAUAUCCAUUCUCUGUUUUCCAAAGCUAGUAAUAUUUUUCACUGAGCAAUUUUUAUUAGACUUUACCAGGUAGCAUUAAUGAUGAUGUUGAGGUCAUCUUCUGCUCUAGUAAAUGAGCUUGCAUCCAAGAGGAAACUAAAAUCCAGCUGUAGAAGAAAUAAAAUUUUCUUUAUAUCACAUUAUAGUGUGUCUUAAACACAGCUUAAAUAAAAAUAUUCUUCUAAGUUCAUUUAGAACUUCCUGCUUUAAAAAAAAUUCAGAAUUAAGGAAAUACUUGCUUUUUCUGUCUUCUACUCCCUUUCUAUUGACCCAAUACAUUUUUAUCACAGCCUUAGCUCACUUGUUGAGGAAGCCAAGCACAAUCAGUUGAUGCAUAAUACAAACAAUACUGUCACUUAAUGAAUUAUUCCAGAGAAUUUUAACUAAUUUUUAAAAUAGCAGAGAGAUUCAGAUAGCAACACGAUAGAAGACGUUAGUUGUGAAUGAAGGAGAGAUUCUGAAAAACAGGCUUUCCCUCCCCCCCGAAAAUCCUCAUAAUAAGUUUUGGUUGGUUUUAAAGCUGGGCAGUUCACUCAUAGAUUACCUUUGAUUUGUGAUCUACAUAUAAAUAACCAACGCUGCACUCAAGUUUCAAUGCAUGAAUUUCUUUAUCUAAUACUUCACAAUGGAUCUGUUUUUCUUCCUAAAAUAAAGGACAAGUUAUUAAUGGUUAAAAUAAAACUGCUUUUUUUCAGACUUUUCAAAUUACAUGUGCACAUGGAAAUUGUGUAGUUUUUACUUCCCUGAACUAGGUGUUUGCCAUUUUACUGAUGCAAAUAUACAAAACAUUCAUAUUAUUCACGACUACUUUAACAUGUCCUUGUAUUGAUUGCUGUGUCCUGUUACUUCACCUUCUGUUCGCCAAUAGUGAAGCUAAGGCAAAUGCGCCAGACUCACUCAAGUUUGUGGCAGGGGGAUUCUACACAGGGAGCAGUUAUUUUAAAAAGCCAAAAAAAAAGAACAAUUAGAUAGGUGACUUCUUCAUCAGGCUGAGCAUCUGAAAAAGUACAGAUUCAAUGAGACCUUUGUGAUUACUGAAAACACGAUCAGCAGACAAAAAGUAGCAAUAACAUCCCAAAAUACAUUUAGAAACCAUUUCAAAAAAAUUUUAGUUGUUACCAUCAAAUAAUUUCAAAACCAGGAUGUAAUUCACCUGUAUUGAUUAAAUUGCACAUGGUUUAGGAAGCUAGAAGUCUGAGAACUUAAAAACUAGAGUUUUGUCAGCUUUUUUGGACAGGAGAGGUGGAGAUUGUCAGUAUCUAAAGUAACCCAAUGAGCUAUUAGCAUAAUUCGGAAAACGUCUGGCUGAAAAAGAAAAAUGUCAAAGGAUUACUGUUUGACAGGCUUUUUUGUUCUUACCAAUUCUAAGACUCGGAUGAAAUAAAGGCCUUUAGGGAUCUGAAUGUGGAGAACAGUUUCAUAUGCAUCAUCUCCAGCAUUAAGCAGAGAAACGUUCAACAAUAAAGUCUUCAUGCUUCCAACAGCGAGAUACAUUUUCUUAUCAUGAGGCCUAUAAAAAUAAUGAUCAUAAUAUAAGUGAAAAGUAAUUGUAUAUAGAGCUUGGAUGCAAAAAUUUUCCACCACUGCUCUUUUAGCUCAUUUCAUUUGGUUCUGCCCAAGCUCAGCUGGAGAUCAUUAGGAAAGUUUUUACUCUGUCCUGUAGCUGAAGGUUACACCCAUAAUAUGAUGGUCAGCUCCAGUAUGGUACUUUUAAAGGCCAAAGGUUAUUAAUGCGAGAGUAAAAACAUUGUUAGCAGAGCAGUUGUGCUCCUGGAUUUACAAGACAGGUCCUUUCCUUCAAAGACGAGAAUAGCAGUGUGCUACUGCUACAGUAUUUUCAGGCAUUAUUUCAAAAUUCACUCUUUGUACUCAAAGUACAGGACUGAGUUCAUAUGUAACGGGUCACGAAGAGGGGAGCAAACAUGCCUGUCUCAUGGUCUAUGUAAAUUUCUAUAAUCAUGUUACAAGUACAGCCACCCUAUGGGGGGCUAAAAGUAAACUUCAGCUUGACAUUAAAGUUUAAUUAAGACUUGUAGAAAGGCUGCCUAGAAAUAGACAUUUAUCAGAAAUUCUGGCUUGAAACCAAAGCAUUAGUCACCAAAGACCUUUGGGAAUGAGGCUGGCACUUAGAAAAGCAACAGAAGGUAAAAGCACUGCAUAAGCAGAUAGGUUCUAAGACAAAAGCAAACUAAAGAAAACCAAAAUGUUAACAAUUCAGUAGCUUGAUUAAGUUUAGGACACAUUUUAAAGUUGUUUUACUAGUUAUAUGCUUACCACUCAGUCCUCUUCCAUGCCUUAAAGCCAAGCUCAUUAACAAGAUGCUGUCACAAAGAUGCCUCCCAGCUUAACACGCAAGUACACAAAAGCACCAGGUGCAUAUCUGGGACUACAACAAAGCUGUGCUAGAGCUUUGCCCUGGUAAUCAGAUUUCAUUCUUCAUUAAAAAAUGCCUGUUGUGGACUAGAAUUUACAGAGCAGGCCAAAAUCUAAGCAAUUUAAACAAAACAUGAUAGUGGAUACAUGAAGGCUCGUAACUCAGUAAGUAAGGCGUUGCAGUGACACCCCUAUUUGAUUUCAUUUUUUUAAGACUAAAAGCCUCUGCUUUGCUGUUCAAGGAUAAUGAAUGCAUUCUGUCUAGACAAAAUAAAUUAACACUGCACAGCUAACUAGUUUUUAAUCAGGAUUCUAGGGGCACAACAAUUUAAGGUGAUACUUCACACUUUAUCAAGAUAUUUAGCCUAUUUAUUUACACUGAAAAUCUUCUACUGGUACCUAAUGCCAAGCAGGUAUGUUGUAAUCUGUGCUCAGGAUCACACAGGUGUGAUUAAUCAGAAUUAUGUGAUUGUCAUCAUCUUUUGUUGUCACCUUACGUUGUUCAAACUAGUAUCUUGAUUAAAGUAGAAUCAGCUUUAAAAGUGAUAAAUUACACAAGAAAAUCCAAGUCACACACAAAAUACCUAACUAGCUGAGAUGCACAACAUGUAGAGUUUCUCUUUUUGCACACCAACAACCAACAUUUCUUGCUUUGAAGUAUAAUAAUCGAUAAAAAUAAGGUUGUGAUGAUAAAAUAAAACAAAAUCAAAUCAUUAAAAUCCAUUCUGAAUGGAAACCAUGGUACAUGGCUUAAAACUUCUCAGAGAUGCUGCUAAACAGAAGUAUAUCGCACAGAGUAUUGCUUGGUGUCAUACCAAUUCUGCAAGACAAGAAUAAUUGUAUUUAAAUACUUUUAAAGUGCAUUGAUUAUCUUUCCUAACAACAGGACAUAAACGUGAUACCUAAUUGGAAAAACUGAAACAUACAAAGGGGUAUAUAAAAAAAUAAAGAUGUAAAUGAAAAAAAAAAAUCACAAAGCAAAAUUAAUUUUGGAAAAUGCAGGCUAACUCAUGUGGGGAAAAGAAGUCUAAACCUCACAUAAUACUGAACCAUCUGGCGUCUCGAUCAGCGGUAGAAAACUGAGGAUGUAAUAUUCUCAAGUAAAUAAGGAAAAAGAGCCACUUAGUUAUUUUAUAAUUGAAAUAAUAAGUAUAACAAUGUCUUAGUACAAAACUGAAGUAUCUUCUUUGUACAGUGCAAGUACAGUAUCUUUGUAAGAGCAGCAGAAAUAAUUGACAGCUUGUCAAUUUAACAGUAGUUCUGAUGUCUACACAUUGAGUAUGCAUUGUGCCCUGAAUCAGAGCCCAGUUAUAUAUGAAGCGCAGAAUUCAAGUUUACCUUUUCAUGAAGAAGACAUUUUAUGAGCUGUAAAGUCUUCUAAUUAUGCAACAUCAGUCCUCCAAUUACAUAACUUUUGUUACAUUUCCUGAAAGAUGUAUUAUUUUAAAAUAUUCUUCAACUAAACACAGCUUUACUCCUCAUAUUUCCUCAAGAAGUCUAUAGUCUACUUUUGCAAAUUAAUGUUCUUGACAUACAAAAGAUUAAAGAAUAAUUUAGAUAAAGUCUUACUGAACCCUCAAAAAAAUGAAAGCUACAUUAUACUUACUUUGGAAAAGCAACUUUUCCAGAAACUCUCAAGUCAGCAGAACAAUUUUCUUGGGAGCAAAAUCUAGCAAAAACAAACUACAAAAGACAAAUUUACAAAAAGCACUUUAGUGUAUUAUGCAUAUUCUAGUGAGUAGAAGUAUUUCCAAAGAAAGAAACAAAUCACCUUGUUACCAAGUAUCUGGAAUUGGCUAAUAGAAUCACAGAAUGUUAGGAAUUGGGAGGGACCUCAAAAGACCAUCCAGUCCAAUCCCCCUGCCGGAGCAGGAACACCCAGAUGAGGCUACACAGGAAGGUGUCCAGGUGGGUUUGAAUGUCUCCAGAGAAGGAGACUCCACAACCCCCCUGGGCAGCCUGUUCCAGUGUCUGUCACCCUUACUGAGAAGUUGUUUCUUCUCAAAUUUAAAUAGAACCUCCUGUGUUCCAGUUUAUACCCAUUGCCCCUUGUCUUAUCAUUGCUUGUCAUGGAGAAGAGCCUGGCUCCAUCCUCAUGACACUCACACUCUUACUCUUAAAAACAAUUCAAUCAGGCCAUGAUUUGCCAUUUUCCAGACACAUUCUGUGCACCCAGAAUGACAGCAGAGAGACCCUCCAGACUCAGUCUCUCACUGUUAAACCAGUGCGUGUAGGUUCAGCUGUUCUUUUAAAAGUAGUACAUAAAAAGGGCCGAGUCUUUUAGAGAAUCCAGACCUGAGCUCUCUGCAGUCUCUCCUGUGAUACAGCACGUUACUUUUGCAAAAGCAUUUCAUUACAUGAACUUUACUUAUCAUAAUAUACUUGAUGAAGUUUGAUGAGACUAGAGACACCACGAGUUGCAUGUGUCUGUGCCUUGAUUAUCAGUGUCGUAUAGAGCACAUUUAUGUUGCUAUAUUCAACAACAGCUUCUUUAACUCCAUGGUUUUUAAAACAAAAUUGUGAAUGCAGAUGAAAAGGAGAAGCACGCCAUUCAAAAGGAGCUUUUAUAUAUCUCAGCGUUCUGAUAGUCAAUUUUAUCUGAAUUACAUGAAGCUCACUUGCUGUGAAAAGUCAUUGUAUGUUUAUGACCAUUUGGUAGUUAAAAAUUCAGAGCGUCCUGACUUUAGGUUAAGUCAAAGUCUGUUGGCUUUUAAUAAGGUGGGUUUUUUUUUGAAAAAAAAGUUAAUUUCAUACUAAUUUAAGGAUACAGAAUACUUCUUUUUUUCUACCUCACAGACUAUGUGUUUGCAAACCUGCAAAUACUUUUACAGAACUAAUAUUUCAGCAACAUUGUUGAAACACUUCAGAAUUAAUACCAACAUGAUAUUGUGUAUUUAACACAGAAUUAAUUUUAAAGAACAGUUUUAUACUGGAAAGUGGCCCAUCCCGUGUAGUUGUAAAAGAACAAAGACUUCAAAGAGUGAAUUUCAUAUCUUUGUGUUCUGACAUACAUAAUAUUUUAUAUUCUUGCAAGUUGUCUGCACAUACCUCUUUUUUCUUUUUUUUUUUUUUUUUUUUUUUUUUGUUAAA